CUUGACCGUCUUAAAGUGCCAGUGCCUUGUCAAUUUAGCGUGGUCGGUAUCGGAGGAUUAAAUUCGUCUAGUACGGGAUGUGGUUGGCUGGCUAGUUUAAUAUUAAAAGUCAGUUAAUCUGUUCGCGUUAACUUCUAAACACAUGUCAAAUAAAAUGAUACAUAUGGAGUGUUGUUCGGUAUUCACCUUUUAGGUGGAGUUAACGUUACUUCGUUUUUGGGAAGUCGAUGUUGAGUAAUUAUGACUAUGUUGCACAAAAUAUUCGUCAACCUUGCGUCAGCCUACUCACGUUUGAACGGGAGAACAGGCUGGUUCUGCUGCCCGUGCAGGAAUGUUAUAACCCAAACUGGACGGUGGCGUCAAAAGGUACCACCACGGUAUCUGGGUCAGCCUAGCCCCUAUACACAUCCACACAUUCUUAAAUAUGGUGAGGUGACCCCAGGUCUGACGCAGACGGAGUUCGAGCUCCGUCGACAGAAGCUUUCCGCCCUCAUUGCGGCGCAGGCUGAGAGGCCACAGGGGGGUCUGUUCGGUUCCCAUGGAAACAGCUCUGCCUCCUUCCACGUUGCCGUGGUGCUCUCUCACCCUGUUCGCUACAUGACCAACGACAUCCCCUAUCCCUUCCACCAGAACCAGGACUUCCUCUACCUCACGGGUAUCCUGGAGCCUGAUAGUGCCCUGGUCCUGUGCUGCCCGCCCCGCCUGGAGGGGGCCAUACUGUUCGUGCCCAGGAGAGACCCAACACGGGAACUGUGGGACGGGCCCAGAUCAGGAAUAGAUGGAGCGUCUGCACUGACGGGCAUCGCGCAAGUCCACAGUAACGAAGAGCUGGGCCUGGUGCUGAAGAGCUUUAAAGGCAGUAUGCUGUGGUACGAUGCAUCCCAACCCUGCCACCCUGAGCUCCACCACACCCACAUCGGCCCCCUGUUGGAGGGGGGCACCCCAGUGCGGCCUCUCAAACCCCUCCUGCACUCCCAGCGUGCAGUGAAGAGCGCUGCGGAGGUGGCCCUGAUGAGGGAGGCGGGCCGAAUCACAGCACAGGCUUUUAAAAAGACUAUGGCGAUGUCCCACGGAAAGAUGGAUGAAGCUCUACUCUAUGCUAAGUUUGACUUUGAGUGCCGUGCUCACGGCGCCAACUUCCUGGCCUACCCCCCCGUGGUCGCGGGAGGCAACCGAGCCAAUACGCUGCAUUACAUCAACAACAACCAAAUUGUCAAGGACGGAGAGAUGGUGCUUCUAGAUGCAGGCUGUGAAUAUUUCGGAUAUGUCAGUGAUGUCACUCGCACCUGGCCAGUGAACGGGAGGUUCUCCGCCGCCCAGGCUGAGCUGUACGAGGCCGUCUUGGAGGUCCAGCUGGCCUGCCUGUCCCUUUGCCGCCCGGGGACGAGCCUGGACCACAUCUACAGCACCAUGCUGGCGCUCCUGGGACGCAAACUGCGCGAGCUGGGCAUCGUCAGUCGCUCGGCCAGCGACGCCGACUCGCUCAAGGCUGCACGUCGGUACUGUCCACACCACGUGGGCCACUACCUGGGCAUGGACGUGCACGACACGCCGACGCUUUCGCGUGCCCAGCCGCUGCAGCCGGGCAUGUGCAUCACUAUCGAGCCAGGGCUGUACAUCCCUGAAGAUGACAAGGCGUCCCCAGCGAGAUUCAGAGGCAUGGCUGUUCGGAUCGAAGAUGACGUGGUCAUCCAGGAAGACGGUGGACCCUCGGUCUUGUCUGCUGACACUCCCAAGACGAUAGCGGACGUUGAGAAAGAGUGUGCAAAGAAAAUUACCUGAGAUGGAAGGGAUACUGCUGCCAUAUAGGAGGAAUAGAGGAAUAGAGACUAUGUUUUACUAUUACUGCAUGAUUAUUGCAACACUCAUUGCAAUACAUGCGAUACAUACACCCUAGAACACGAUUUGAUUUUUCUUCUGUUUUGCUUAUAAGAAUUUUUAAUAUUUGCUAUUAUUUCCAGAAAAAAAAUCCAACUCUUGUGGAAAAGAAUUGUGUCAGGAGCAUUACUGUUGCCAACUGACAUUGAUAGGAAAAAAUCUAAAUUUCCCUUAUUGGUUAACUUUAUAAAUUGAGAAGUUCUAAGGUUGUUUUCAGCUGGCUGCUUGAAGUAUCUUCCCAGUAUUUAACCACACAGAAGUGCCAGUAGAAAGUGAACUUGUCAAUAUUUGGAAUGUAGUAAGGGAAUGCUUGAGUUUAACUCGACUGCCCCUUUGAUGAGCACGUGGUUACUGCCGAUCCAUGAAUCCAUGAGGUAGGAACCAUAUCGGCAGCACGCCAAGCAUCAACCUCCCUUUCGCAGACUUCUACUCUACCUCCAUCCCUCCCACUAACCCGCUGGAGAAUUAGAAACAACGAGCGGCCAUUUUGUUUACACUAACUGACGGAGGCAGGGAGGGAGUAUUGCGGCUGCUGUCCCCGAGGCCGGCUCGGAUGCACGCCGCCUCGGACCGACACAAACAGCGGAUGGACUUGAAGCGAUUAGCGGGUGGCGAAAACCCCAAGGGAGUGAUGCUAUUAUAGGAUAUAUUGGGGAAGCAAAAUUAGCCAGUACGUUUUAUCAAGUGCGAGCCAGACUUAAUGCAUAAACUUAACAAAAAGGGAAAAUAUCAUAUGUGCAAUAAAUUCGAUAAAUGUAAAAGAAAA